AGGAUUCUGACACUCGUGAUAUUGUUGUUGUUUCUCACACACACUCGUGAUAUGUAUGUGCUGGAAGAUCAUCCUGCAGCAGUAAAAGGCGUCAUCCCAGUGGCAGCAUUCCACCCCACUUCUGAGGAAUCUCACCCGCCGCCAACUACCCCCCUCGCUCUCCUCUGCUUCCUUUUCUUCCUUCACCUGCCGGAAUGGAAGAAAUGGGAGGUAUGACUAGUCUAGACUAGACUACAUGUGCGCGUACAUGGUUAGUGUGUUGAUGAAGCACGGCAGUACGUACUGCAGCGGGCGGCCCCCGAUCAACGAAUGUUUGCUCCGCAACCUUCUUCAAUGCGACGUGUGAUACUUCAAGGUACAGGGCUACGUACGCGUUUCUGUAGCGUAUGCAUACGAAGCGAUCACUGUAGAAUUGCCGGUAGAGGGACAGCGCACUUCUUGAGGCUGGGAAUCAUGCGUUGGAUUCUCGCCUCGCCAACCACCAACACAGGGCGGAAGGUGUGUAGAAGCCGAAAUCAUACAUUUAGUCUAUUAUUGCUUCAUGUUUGUUGUUGUUGUUGUUUCUCACAGCAGUAGCUCCACAGUCCACAUAAAAUGGGGAGCCCGUGGUCUCAAAACCCGGCACAUACGACNAUUCUCACAGCAGUAGCUCUACAGUCCACAAAAAAUGGGGAGCCCGUGGUCUCAAAACCCGGCACAUACGACGCCGCGGGGAAACAAAACAAAAAUAGGAUGUGUGUGUGUUUUCGUCCUAUUUAUAAUGGCUACAGUCCCCCCGUUUUUCGUGGUGAGACGUGUCCUACAUUUUUUAGCUUAUGAGGCCCAUAAAUCAGGCCAAUUGUUAUGGGAAAAUUCCAAAUUUGGAAUCCUCCGCCCUCGGAAAACAAAUUCCAACGCCGAAAUUCCAAUUUGGUAUUCUGGUGCCGACCAAGUUAUGGGGAAAUAGGAAUCCCGGAGCGUUGGGGGGGUAGAUUACGAUGCACGGAGCGGAGAAUUCAAAAAUGGGCGCGAUCCUAUGUACCGCACUCCCAGCAGCCCAUCCUUUCCCUG